AUGUCAAGCCAACUGGAAAGCGAUGCUCCAUCCGAAGCCACCACGCUGGGCUUCCUACGGCGCCAAUUCACUCGUCCGAAGCCCCUUCCUGCGGACCUGUCUCUGGCUGGCAAAGUCGCCAUCGUCACCGGCAGCAACGUCGGGCUCGGAUUCUCAGCAUGCCGACAGCUUCUCCAGCUCGGACUCUCCCAUCUGGUCAUGGCGGUGCGGUCGCAAGCAAAGGGCGAUGCCGCUGCGGCUGAGUUGCGACGGGAGUUUGCUUCUGCCACUGUAUCUGUUUGGAUCGUCGACAUGGAGUCGUACGACUCCGUGCGUGCGUUUGCUGCUCGUUGCGAGAGCUUGAGUCGGAUUGAUAUUGUCAUUCUCAAUGCUGGGCUCACGAUGGCGCCGUAUACUGUCGUGAGCGCAACGGGGCAUGAAAUCACUCUACAGGUCAACUACUUGUCGACGGCCCUUUUGACGAUUCUGCUUCUACCGAUCCUAAAAGCGAAGAAGAUUGCUGGUUCCUCCCAACCGCCCGUCAUCAGCGUCGUCGGCUCGGAUGCAAUGUAUCAAAGCCGAGUAGAGCUCCAUGGUCCAAUACUGCCGCAGUUCCAGAGACAGGACAAGUUUACACAAUUUACUUGGUAUGGAAAUACAAAACUGCUGCAGGCAUUGUUCGUCUCCAAGGUAGCCGAGUUCGUCAGCCCGCGCGAUGUCAUUGUGAACGUCUCGAAUCCAGGCAUGACUGAUGGCACCGAGUUCUUUCGCGGACUUCCCGCCUGGAUGAAGAAGUUGAUUGGGGCCGCUCAGUGGAUGCUGGCCAGGUCGGUGGAUGUGGGUGCUUCGACGUAUUUGGAUGCCGUUUUGGUUCAGGGGGAGAAGAGCCAUGGUUCGUUUACGAGUGACUGGACGAUCAAGCCAUUCCCCAAGAUUUGGUAUACCCCGGAAGGGAAGAAGUUGACAGAACGGCUUUGGGAGGAAACGAUGGAAGAACUGAGCUUUGUAGGCGCCUCGAAGAUUAUGAGUGAUUUGAGACAGAGCUGGACAGGGGAUGGAUCAUGA